AUGGGCCUCGCCUACAACGUCUACCUCAACGCGAAGAAGAUCUACGGCUGCAAGAACUGCAAGACCCAUCUGGCCGAUCAUGACGAGAUCAUAAGUAGGAAUUUCCGAGGCCAACAUGGCAAAGCAUACCUCUUCAACAGCGUCGUCAAUAUCCAGCAAGGCGAGGCAGGCGAACGAAACAUGACGACAGGCAGACACGUGGUGCGAGACAUUGCGUGCAGGCAGUGUCGAGAGGUGGUGGGAUGGAAGUACGACCGGGCGUACGAGAGCACGGAGAAGUACAAGGAGGGGAAGUACAUCUUGGAGCAGGAGUUGUUGUGCCUGGUGAGCUGA